UUGUCAAGUUUGUGAAUUAUUUGAUUUUUAAUAUCGUUAAAAUUUAAUGUGUUCAAAUUAUGGCUAAAGUUGGAAUAAACGGUUUUGGGCGAAUUGGACGUUUAGUUUUACGUGCUGCUCUAGAAAAAGACGUAGACGUCGUUGCAAUUAACGAUCCAUUUCUAGAUCGUGAUUACAUGGUUUAUCUCUUCAAGUUCGACUCGACUCACGGCAGAUUUAUCGGCGACGUGUCUACUGACGAAGAUAGCAUUGUAAUUAACGGGAAGAAAAUUCGCGUGUUCAACAAACGUGACCCAAGUGACAUACCGUGGGGUGAGGCAGGGGUUGAAUAUGUCGUUGAAUCUACUGGAGUAUUUACAACAAUCGACAAAGCGUCGGCACACUUAUGCGGAGGAGCAAAAAGAGUUAUAAUAACGGCUCCGUCAUGUGACGCGCCAAUGUUUGUCUGUGGUGUUAAUUUGGAUGCUUAUGACCCAAGCAUGAAGGUGAUUUCAAACGCUUCCUGUACAACUAAUUGCUUGGCCGCUUUAGUCAAGGUUAUCGACGAUAAUUUUGGAAUUGCGGAAGGUUUAAUGACUACAAUACAUGCGAUUGCUGCGAACCAAAGAACCGUGGAUGGUCCUUCCGGGAAAUUGUGGCGAGAUGGGCGUAGUGCUCAACAAAACAUUAUACCAGCUUCAACAGGCGCUGCCAAAGCGAUUGGUAAAAUUAUACCCAAAAUGAACGGAAAGCUGACAGGAAUGGCUUUUCAAGUUCCUGUACCGGAUGUUUCUGUAUUGGAUUUAACAAUACGCUUGGAAAUUCCAGCUAAAUAUGAAGAUAUAGCGAAUGCUGUUAAAAUGGCCGCAGAAGGCGACAUGAAAGGGAUUAUAGAUUAUACGGAAGAUGAGGUUGUGUCGUCAGAUUUUAUCGGUAACUCUCAUUCUUGUGUUUUUGAUGCUGCAGCAGGGAUACCGUUAAAUGAGACGUUCGUUAAACUGAUCGCAUGGUACGAUAACGAAUACGGAUUCUCACACAGGAUCGUUGACUUAAUAAAAUAUAUUUUUACAAGAGAAUAAAAAUUAAUA